AAAAUAAGAUUCUUUUGUCGUGUUGGUGGCAAAACUCCGUGAUACAUUCUUGAUUAGAACAUGUACAAGCAUGGAUGUGGUUCUACACUAUCGACCAUGGCAAAGGGACCCGGCACUAUUGCAAAAAAUUGCAGAAGAGGCACUGAAAGAAUUUCCCAUCCGGCAGCUGCCAAGCUUCAUACCCUGGUUUCCAAGUGACUUAUGCAAUCUCCCCCUCAAGCCUAAAACAAAACCUCCAGUUAUCUCGGUUGAAGAGGCAGAACAACUGAAACAGCAUCAUGCAUUGCUAGAAACUGUUUGUGGCUCCCUAUAUUAUGACUGUACAGAAGAGCUUAAGGAAUUUCAUCCUGAUACGAAAGCUGUGCAGUAUUUACAAACUGAACAAGGAAAAAUUAAAUCGAGCAGUUUGGGAAAGCAAUCGACAAGUGACAAACAGACCUUCAGGAGAUCUUGGAGUGUGUCUCUUACAAAUUCUGAGCUCAAAGACAAAAUUCUUCCUUUAUCCAUAGAGCUACAGAAAACUUUACAAAAACUAAAACUACAUGUCUUCUAUAGAGCACAAUGGAUAAUUGAACCUUCCAUUUUAAACAAUCAGACACUUGAAGAUGUUUGGACAAAGCUUAUCAGAAUGAUCAAACACGAUGAACUGCCAUCUUGCAAUGCUACAGUCCAGAGAUCUAAGGGCCAGAUUUUGAUUUUCUGUGACAUACUUUACUGUGAAUACAUUGCCAGUAACCUUAGAGAAAAACUAAAUCUUUCAGGAAAAAUGAAUUUGUAUGUUCAUAAAUAUGGAAUAAUACAUAGCUUGGAACUAUAGACAACAGUAUGUUUCUGUGCACAUUUAUGAAGGGCAAGGUCUUAAAACGACCUAAUUGUAAUUAACCCUCAUCUUUCAUGGGGGUUGAGAGCACCAGUUCCCUGCAGAAAUGGAUAAGCUGUAAAUAUAAAUAAAAAUUGUGCAUGCUAUUUUUUUAAAACCUGAGAGAACACUUCUCUAGGAAGUGGAACAUAAAAAUAUGCUGGCGAUCCUAGAAAUCCUGAGAGAAGUGUUCUGUCAAGUAAAAGGAAAUGGCAUUUGUGAUUUUUAUUAAUACAGUAAGUAAUACACUGAUAAGUCCAUGAAUACUUAUCCCACAAAUGUGGAGAAGUAACUGUAGUUUACUGUAAAUAUCUUAUCAUUCUGUGUUACCAAAAACAUCAACAUUUUAUGUUAUUGUCUUUUAGGAAGUCCUCUUAGAGCAUUUUGCUCACAUGAAGAGAGCUGUCUGUUAUUUAGCUGUGCCUAUGAACUAAGCUGUAGAACCUAUUCAGAAGAUUUUUAAAAUGUAUGAAUUCCAUGAAAAUUGGAGAUAUUUUCUCAAAUUUGAUCUCUACAAGAUGACGAGUUGUGCUUUUUUGUUGCUUAAGGAGAUAUGUCUUUUAUAAGAUCAAUUGCAUAUUUAAGAAUUAAUGUUUUAAUGUUUAGGCAUUGUCUUGUUUAUGUUUGCAGUUAAUUGACUAACAUUACUAAUUAAUAAGAGAAGACUGAUUGCACUAGAAAAUCAUUCCUCAAUUUUGGUAUCAUUAGGUUUGUCAUACUGAGGUUUGUCCAUUUCUCAUUUGGUUGGUAGCUGUCAUUUGAUCCUUGUUACGCUUUUUAACUUAGCAUGGCCAGAAUAGGAUGAUCAUGUUUCAUCAACAUGCCAACUAUUAUGUUAACCAAAAAGAAAAUUUCUUCAGAACCAUUGUUCACAGACAAAACUCUUUCCAGUUUUAAACAGCCAAUUAAGAGGAACUCUGGAAAUUUUAAUCUAACAAUAUCUUGAGAGCCAUACAGAAAUUACUUCUGUGAAAUUUCAAAUUUAGAAAGCUAAAAGAGAAACGUGUGGCUAGUAUCUAUCUAAUCAGGCCUUUUGACAGAAAACUAAAUAUAUUAGAAUCAUAUAUACUAAGGUCAGUUUUUCAUACACAAGCCUGAAUACUAUAGUCAAUUGGAUCAAUUCCCUACAGUGGAAUUAAAUAACUUUUUGAGAUGUUAAUAUAAAUAGGAUUUGAACCAUCUCAUCGAAGUCCAGCCAUACUGUUUGAGCUAAUGAGCUCAUGUAGUCAAACUUUAAAAGGCCUUUAAAAUAGUUUUCAUCCAACUUCCCCCAACUUCAUUGUCAAAACUAUGGUGUUUGUCUUGGUAUAUACAUAUUUAGUCUGACCUGAAUGAAUAGAGACCUGCUGCAUUUCAUAUUGUUUAAAUAUUCAUCACAAUCUGUUUUCUGUUUUGCUAUCUUCUGUCCUUCAGUGUAAGGAGAAGCCAAUCUAAUGACUAUGUUUUGUAUAUUUUGAUCUGGCAGUUGGUUGUUAUGUUUCCAGUUUAAGUUUUAAAAUCAUCAUUAAAAGAAAUGUGGAAAUGUAUUCUGAACUAGAACUCUAAAAAAAAUCUUCUUGUGGUAUCAGGCAUUCAAGACAAUUGCAGAAAUGACAAUAUCAAUAUGACUUCCUUGUUAAAUCAUUCAAAACAAGACCAUGGUACCUUCUCUUUCCAAUAAACUAGUUCAGCAGGGAAA